CUGCGAGCGCGACGCUUCUUCUGCGGAGUUGCUGGGCUCCGAGACGUUACUCUGCGCUCCCUCCCGGCGGGCGGCGGCGGCGGCGGGCGCCGCGACUCACCGGCCGGGGCUGCGCGGGACUGGAGAGGCCAGGCCCAGGCCGCGAGCACGGGGGCCUCAUAGCUUUGGACGCAGUGUGACUGGAUUUCUUCAAAGAACUCGCAGAGCUCUUGGCUCCAAGACGCCGAUAGGACUCAGAACGAGAAUCAACCGUUUGGCUGAAACUUGGGGACAAGCUUUUGGGGCUGAAAAAGGAGCAGGGAGUGGAGAAGAAGGCGGCGGAGAAGGAGGUGGCGGCGAACUGAGCCUCGAGGCAAGGAGGCGGAGCAGCACCGCAGAGGCGGCGGCCUUGGCUAGCAAGCCGCGGCGCCGGGCUCUCGCUCGCCGGGGGCCCAGACGCAAGCGGGGGGCGCGCGCGUUACUGUGCGCUGUGAGUCAAGAGACUUGGGCAAACUUUGAAGGGUAACCGGAGACGCUUGUUGCUCUUCGCCGCAGAAAGAGCCGCACCGUUACGUCCCGGCGCGAGGAAAAGGCGUCUCCCCCCCAUCGGCGCCCCCGGCCCAGGCAGACGUGUUUGGGCCCCCGGCGGCUGCGCGAGUGCUGGGCGGAGGCGGCGGCGGCGACGGCGCCCUUGCGGCGCGAGCACCCUAGCUACAGCGCCCUCGGCUCCGCACCGCCCACGGCCCGGCCCCGGCGCCGGGAGGACUCUCAUGCGCCCGGCGCGGCGGCGCCUGCCGGGAUCCCAGCCUCUCCUGGCUGUCUUGUCGCGUUUCUUGGGCUGAGAGCGCCGCUGCACCCGCGGCCGGCGAUGCGGGGCCCCCGCACGGCAGCGUCGCCCUCGCCUCUGGGCCUGUGCACCAUGGUGCUUGCAGUGCUGGGCGCACUGCCCGCGGGCGCCGGGGCGCAGCCGUACCACGGCGAGAAGGGCAUCUCAGUGCCGGACCACGGCUUCUGCCAGCCUAUUUCCAUCCCUCUGUGCACGGACAUCGCCUACAACCAGACCAUCCUGCCCAACCUGCUGGGUCACACGAACCAAGAAGAUGCGGGCCUCGAGGUGCACCAGUUCUACCCGCUGGUGAAGGUGCAGUGUUCUCCCGAGCUGCGCUUCUUCCUGUGCUCCAUGUACGCACCCGUGUGCACCGUGCUCGAUAAGGCCAUCCCGCCGUGCCGUUCUCUGUGCGAGCGUGCCCGCCAGGGGUGUGAGGCGCUCAUGAACAAGUUCGGCUUCCAAUGGCCCGAGCGGCUGCGUUGCGAGAACUUCCCUGUGCACGGCGCCGGCGAGAUCUGCGUGGGCCAGAACACGUCCGACGGCUCCGGGGGCCCAGGCGGCGGGCCCACCGCCUAUCCUACAGCGCCCUACAUGCCCGACCUGCCCUUCACCGCGCUGCCCCCGGGAGCCGCUGACGGCAGGGGCCGCUCGGCCUUCCCCUUCUCGUGCCCCCGCCAGCUCAAGGUGCCCCCCUACCUGGGCUACCGCUUCCUGGGCGAGCGCGACUGCGGCGCCCCCUGCGAGCCGGGCCGCGCCAACGGCCUCAUGUACUUUAAGGAGGAGGAGAGGCGCUUCGCCCGCCUCUGGGUGGGCGUGUGGUCAGUGCUGUGCUGCGCCUCGACGCUCUUCACGGUGCUCACCUACCUAGUGGACAUGCGGCGCUUCAGCUACCCGGAGCGGCCCAUCAUCUUCCUGUCGGGCUGCUACUUCAUGGUGGCCGUGGCGCACGUGGCCGGCUUCCUGCUGGAGGACCGCGCCGUGUGCGUGGAGCGCUUCUCAGAAGACGGCUACCGCACGGUGGCGCAGGGCACCAAGAAGGAGGGCUGCACCAUCCUCUUCAUGGUGCUCUACUUCUUCGGCAUGGCCAGUUCCAUCUGGUGGGUCAUCUUGUCGCUCACUUGGUUCCUGGCCGCUGGCAUGAAGUGGGGCCACGAGGCCAUCGAGGCCAACUCUCAGUACUUCCACCUGGCUGCGUGGGCGGUGCCCGCUGUCAAGACCAUCACCAUCCUGGCCAUGGGCCAGGUGGACGGGGACCUGCUCAGCGGGGUUUGCUACGUGGGCCUGUCCAGCGUGGACGCGCUGCGGGGCUUCGUGCUGGCGCCCCUGUUCGUCUACCUCUUCAUCGGCACGUCCUUCCUGCUGGCCGGCUUCGUGUCGCUUUUCCGCAUCCGCACCAUCAUGAAGCACGACGGCACCAAAACGGAGAAGCUGGAGAAGCUCAUGGUGCGCAUUGGCGUCUUCAGCGUGCUCUACACCGUGCCCGCCACCAUCGUCCUGGCCUGUUACUUCUACGAGCAGGCCUUCCGCGAACACUGGGAGCGCACCUGGCUCCUGCAGACGUGCAAGAGCUACGCGGUUCCCUGCCCGCCCGGCCACUUCCCGCCCAUGAGCCCUGACUUCACCGUCUUCAUGAUCAAAUACCUGAUGACCAUGAUCGUAGGCAUCACCACGGGCUUCUGGAUCUGGUCCGGCAAGACCCUGCAGUCGUGGCGCCGCUUCUACCACAGACUCAGCCACAGCAGCAAGGGGGAGACGGCGGUAUGAGCCCCAGCCCCUCCCCCACCCUUCCUUCUCCCACCCCCACCCCCCUCGCAGGGGGAAAGGCGCGGUAGGGACAGAAUUGCCGGGUGGGGGGCUUGUUUCUGUAACCUCCCUCCCCUCCAGUGAGAAGUGACCUGGAAGAGAGACGAUAACGUGUAGAUUUGGGACGAGGCGUGGGUUUGGAAAGGAGGCCUGAGUGGAAAGGCGGUUUGGAUGAAAAGACUUGUGGCCGAGACUCCAGGGUGAUGAUGAUGAUGGUGAUGAUGAUAACAACGCUGUAAAUCCUGAACGGUCCAGGCCGACCCGGGCCAGUGGAGAGGAUUGAGAUCCGAUGGUUGCUCUGAGUUCUUCCGGCUCUGGGCCUGUGAGCGAUUCCCUUGCUGCAAGACAAGUGGCCUGUCCUCACUCCUGUGAGGCCGGGGUGAAAGGUACAGCUGUCCGCCUGCGGCCUCUUUGUUGAAAAAAGGGGAGAACUCCCUGCAGUGUCCUUGUCAAGCGGUGGUCAAACCAUAAUCUCUUUUCACUGGGGCCAAACUGGAGCCCAGAUGGGUUAAUUUCCAAGGUCAGACAUUGCAGUCUCUCCUCCCCUGCCUCCUCCUGCCUGUUUUUCCUCCCCUACUCCUUUCAAGUCUUGUAAAAUAAGCAUUUUUGAAGUCUUGGGAGGCCUGCCUCCUAGAAUCCUAAUGUGAGAAUGCUAAAGAAAUGAAGAUAACAUUUUGCAAAGGGGAAAAGGAGGAGGCGAGUAGUAGGUAUUUCUGCUACUUUUCUAUGUUCUGGAGAAGGCAGGAGGAAGAAAGGAGGGUAUUUUAUUUGGUUUAAUACCCUGAAAAGAAGUGAUGACUUGUUGCUUUUCAAAACAGGAAUGCAUUUUCCCCCUUGUCUUUGUUGUAAGAGACAAAAGAGGAAACAAGUGUCUCCCUGUGGAAAGGCGUAACUGUGAAGACAGCAACUUUUAUAGGCAAAGCAGCGCAAAUCUGAGGUUUCCCUUUGGAUGUUAAUUUGGUUGAGAUAAACAUUCCUUUUUAAGGAAAAGUGAAAGGCAGUGUGCUUCCAUUGCUCCUUUCCGUCAGAGGUUCUGACUUGGGCAAAGGAAACGCAGGGGUUUUGUCGUGUUUGUUUUAAGUAAAUUUCAUCCAGAACACAUGAUCCAACAGGCUCUAUUAAAAUGUUCAAGGAAAUCUCUGCCUUCGUUUUUCUUUUCUUCCCAUAAACCUGCAUUUAGGUUUUCUUUCUAUUUUUUUUUUUCCCUCCAAUUUGAAUCCUUCAUGAUAAAGGAGAAGCAUAAUGCCUUUAGCCUCAUAAUAAAGGAAAGUUAAAUUUUUUAUAAAAAAGUAAAGAAGCAUUUUGUCCUAUUUUCUUUGUUCCAUAAAUCCGUCUAUAAAAGAGCAUGUAUAUGCUGACCCUGUCUUUGUGUGACUGGGUGGGGAGGUGACCUGCAGAAAUGAUAGUGAGGGAAGAGGACAGUUCAACCAAUGGGCCCGAUUUUUAAGGAAAGUCAUUGAAAGAAGGUAGACGUCAAAGUAAUUCUGGAGUUCUUUCAAAUAUGCUGGAUGACUUAAAUUUCUUAAUCUUAAGUCAUGUACCUCCCCCCCCCCCCCAUAAUAGGACUCCAGUUCUUUUUGCAUAAUGGUCUAAAAGCUCAGCAGAGACUCACGGGCCCUAACCUUUACUCCACCUUUGCCAUCACCCUCCUAUCUGGCCACACUAUCCUAGUUCCCAAAACAGUUUCUAAAUGUUGUUUUAAACAGUUUUUAAAUCAUAGAGGCGACUGUCAGGAGUACCAGUUACUUCAUAUAUGUAAUGUUGAGUGGAGCUGCUUUUUAUAUUAAAAUUAACAUUGACCUUGUGUUUCUUAAACCUCCCAAACCGUAUCAUUGGUCAGAUUUUUAAAACUCCCACUGCACAGUUUUCGGCAUCUUUUGUGUUGUAUCUCUUGCAUGUGAAAUUUGUAAAAUAGAGACAAGUGCAGUAUGUAUAUUUUGUAAAUCUCCCGUUUUUGUAAGAAAAUAUAUAUUGUAUUUAUACAUUUUUACUUUGGAUUUUUGUUUUGUUUUGCCUUUAAAAGUCUACAAGGAAGCCCCACUUUAUCACAUGUACAGAUCACAAAUAAAUUUUUUUAAAAUACAGA